GGACGGUGAAAUUAAGAAGAUACUAGCGGAGAGCUACGAGCGGGCGAAAGCCAUACUGCGCGCCCAUGCCAAAGAGCACAAAGCGCUGUCCGACGCUUUGCUUAAAUACGAGACGCUGGACGCGGACGAUAUCAAGGCCAUCAUGGGCGGCGAGAAGCUGAAGCGCGAGCGCCAGAACAGAAGCAAGGCGGAGCCGACCCCCGCCCCCGCCUCCGCCCCCGCCGCCGCCCUGCGCUCCGCCACGCCCGCCCCCGCGCCCGCAUAGACCACGGGUACUCGCACUGCUCACCGCCGAUAUACGGCUAUUAAAUGCUUCAUUAUUUAAAAACGAUAAACAAUUUUAAUUUAAGUUUAAUAAAGAACAGACUGUAAUAAAGAACUUUAAAUCUUAAAUUAACUUUUUAUAGAAGAAAGGUGACAAUCGAGCACACAGCCCACAUAAUGGUAAGUAAAUGCUGUAACUAAUAGACAUCCAGGUACAUCUAUCCACGAUUAAGAAUCCAAAUGCAGAUUCGUUGUCACCCCUGAGGACCGACAAACGUUGUUCCAAUAAUAAUAAAAACGUCAAAGCGAUCUUGAAAACAUCAAUUCUAAUUGAUUGAAAUGCCGUCCUAAGAAAAACAAACAUAUUUCUUUUUAAUCAAAAUAUUAUCAAAGCUAUUAAAAAGGUAAAUUUAAAUUAAAAAUAAUUAAUUUUGAAAUACUUGACGAAUUGGUUUCUUUUUUAAUGAUCACGCCCACACAUUUUCGUCUUUUCUAAAAGUUUUAAUAGUGGUAGAGCCAAGCGGUAGCUUUUGCUGUCGCACGGAUGAGCCAGCUCGAACCGGGGUGGUACCACGACCUCACAGAAUACCCGCGUGAAGUAGAAGUUUACCUCUGCGUUGCGCUUGGUGAGUGCAGGUGGCCGGAGGCCCAAUUCCCUCCUCCCCCCCCUCCUCCCAUCAAAAUGGUAGUGGAAUUAAAUAAAAGACCAGCACCCCUGGAGAAUUCCUCGCUGAGCAUCCACGACCAAACUACUUCACUCCUGCGCGUGGGUGUUCAGGCUGCCCCGCAUAUUCUAGGGGGGAGGGGGGACAAAAUUCCGCUCGCGACUAACGCUGCUCGGGGCAAGCGGAGCAAUACAACCAAAGCGAGCCCUGUCGCGCUAUCCGUGAAUUUUUGCAACAUCAGGGGACUUCAUUCCAACCUUAACGCUGUCCUUUACCAUCUAGAGACGGCAAAGCCGGCCUUGCUCUUUUUAACCUAGACUCAGGUGUCCUCUCCGGUUGAUACUUCAUAUCUCUCCUACCCGGGGUACAAAUUGGAACAUUCCUUUGUGCCCCGGGCUGGAGUUUGCGUAUACGUCAGGGAGGGCAUCUGUUUUCGACGCCUCGGCAGUCUUGAAGGUACGGACCUGUCCAUCCUAUGGCUGCGUGUAGACAGCGACGACCAUCCCCGCGUCUACGGGUGCCUCUAUAGAUCCCAUAGCGGUAAUGCCAACACAGACCGACUCAUCGACCACAUCCAAAUGGCAGCAAACUCCGUGCUACAACAGGUCCCAUCCGCAGAGAUCGUGAUACUCGGUGAUUUCAACGCCCACCACGCUGAAUGGCUUGGUUCUCAUUUAACCGAUCAUGCGGGUAGAUCUGUCUAUGACUUUGCUUUAACAUAUGGUCUACCACAACUGGUUACUUCGCCUACGCGGAUCCCAGAUGUGGAAGACCAUGUACCUUCCCUGUUGUACCUUCUGCUGACCUCUCAUCCGGACGGAUAUCAGGUCUCCGUCGAUGCUCCUCUGGGCUCUUCGGACCAUUGUCUGAUCCGGAGUACGGUGCCACUCACGGUCCAAUCGCAGUUGCGAUCUGCAGCUUGCCGCCGUGUUUGGCACUAUAGGUCAGCUGAUUGGGACGGGAUGCGGUCUUUUUUUGCAUCCUACCCUUGGGGGCCGGUUUGUUUCUCGCCGGAAGAUCCCAGCGUUGCUGCCGAUUCUGUUGCUGAUGUGGUACUUCAGAGUAUGGAACUUUUUAUUCCAUCCUCUGUGGUGCCCAUCGGAGGCAGAUCCCAGCCAUGGUUUGGUCGCUCCUGUAAAAUAGCAUCACGCUAUAAGCAGGAGUGCUACCGGGCCUGGGCUGACGCAUCAACGUCUCGGGAUGUAAACACCAGCGCACUUGAAAAGAAGUAUAAUUCCGCCUCCAGGUCCUUCAAAAGCUUCAUUGCCAAGGCAAGGUCUGAGCACAUCGGCAGAAUUGGCGAGAAUCUAGUUCGCCUUCCUUCGGGAACCCGUGCAUUCUGGUCUCUCGCCAAGGCUUCCAUCUCUGCACAGAGAGGACGACUCACUGGCCCAUGUCGCAAAGGAGAAAGCCAAUCUGUUGAGCUCUCUCUUUGCGUCCAACUCGACUCCAGAUGACGGGGGGAACACACCGCCGACCAUCCCGCGAUGUGAGUGCUCCAUGCCGGAUGUGCGGUUUACACAGCGCUCGGUUCGCAAAGCACUCUUCUCCCUGGACGUCAGCAAGUCGAGUGGGCCCGAUGGAGUCCCUCCCAUUGUGCUGAAGACGUGUGCUCCGGAGUUGGCACCGGUUUUAACGCGUCUUUUCCGGUACUCCUACUCCCAAGGCGUAGUCCCGAAUUCAUGGAAGACAGCUUUGGUCCACCCGAUCCCUAAAAAAGGCGAUGCUCAGACCUGUCCAACUACAGGCCUAUUGCCAUCACUUCCUUGUUCUCCAAAAUAAUGGAAUCCAUUAUAAAAUGCCAGCUCAUGAGGUACCUUGAGGAUCACCAGCUGAUUAGUGACCGCCAAUACGGUUUUCGUCGGGGUCGAUCAGCUGGUGAUCUUCUGGUCUACCUGACCCAUAGAUGGGCGGAGGCAGUAGAGUCCAAGGGGGAGGCGUUGGCCGUUAGUUUGGACAUUGCGAAGGCCUUCGAUCGGGUUUGGCACAAAGCGCUUCUUUCGAAGCUCCCUUCCUAUCGGCUUCCCGAGAAAUUGUGCAAUUGGAUCACCAGCUUCCUUGCUGAUCGGGGCAUUAAGGUCGUAGUAGACGGUGCAUGCUCUGAUUUCAAGCCUAUCAACGCUGUUGUUCCACAUUUUCGAACAUCCACCUCAAAAAUCUAUAGUGAAACAAAAACUAUGACCAUACAACAGUUAUACAUUUACCACUCAUGUGUUUUAAUCCGGAAAAUUAUUGACAAAAACAUUCAUUCCAGUAUCACUUUCACAAAAGCAAAACACCUCAGACAACGAACAACGAGUAGAGUCAGCUUUCUUGUCCUACCUAAAACUAUAACGUCCUAUGGUAGAAAAACAUUAACAUAUGAAGGAGCGCUGUUUCUCCUGCAUAUCAAUGACAUGUUGCUAACUGGUAGCAUUCAUUGCUAUGCAGACGAUAGCACGGGUGAUGCCUUAUACACUGGCCGUGCCAAUAUUUCUCGGGAAAACGUCGCCGAGUACCGGGACAAACUUGUGUCUGAAGUCGAGUCUUUGCUUAACAAAGUCUCGGAUUGGGGCCGACUAAAUCUAUUCCAGUUCAAUCCCCAGAAGACACAAGUUUGCGCGUUUACCGCUAAAAAGAACCCCUUUGUCGUAUCUCCUCAGUAUCAAGGCACUCCCCUUGCUGCCUCAGCCAGUAUCGGAAUCCUUGGCGUCGACAUAUCGAAUAGUGUGCAGUUUCGUAGUCACUUGGAAGGGAAGGCCAAAUUGGCCUCUAAAAAGCUUGGCGUGCUCAGUAGAGCGAGACGGUAUUUCACGCCGGCACAUCGCUUGCAACUUUACAAAGCGCAAGUUCGGCCCCACAUGGAAUACUGUUCUCAUCUCUGGGCCAGGGCACCCCAGUGCCAGCUCCUUCCACUAUACCGCAUCCAGCGCAGAGCAGUUCGAAUCGUCGAAGACCGAGUUCUUUCUGAUCGGCUCGAUACACUGACACUGCGUAGAGAUGUUUCAUCUCUUUGCGUAUUUUAUCGCAUUUAUCACGGGGAGUGCUCUGAGGAAUUGUUCGGACUAAUUCCAGCCGCUCAAUUUCACCAUCGCACAUUGCGACAAAACUCGCAUUACCAUCCAUACCAUCUGGAUGAUUGGCGGUCCACCACUGUGCGAUUUAGAAGUUUUCAUUCUCGCACAACUUCCUUGUGGAAUGAAUUACCACCAGCUAAUUUUCCGGACCGAUACGACUUAGGAACCUUCAAGAAAAGAGCUUACACCUUUCUAAAAGGCCGGCAACGCAUCUGCAAUUCCCCUGGUGUUGCGGUUGUUCAUGGGCGGCGGUAGUCACUUACCAUCAGGUGAGCCGCAUGCUCGUUUGACCCCUAUUCUAUAAAAAAAAAAGUGCCCUUCUCUCGUCUGUAUCUCUAUGCACAUAAAAAACUACUUUUCAUUUUAUACGUGUUAGAGCCAUGAUGAAGCUAAAUUAUGAUUGUAGCACAAAUGAAUCAGCUCUAACGUGGAGAGGACCACACUCUCAAAGAAUACAAAAUCAAACAGCUUAAUGUCGUUAUGUUUCGUGAGUGUAGAAAACCGGUGACCCUUUGUAAUGAAAACGAGGCACACCAUCUUAAUCCUCAGGGGUGACAACACAUCUGCAUUUUGAUUCUUAAUCUAGCAUAGAUGUAGAUGUCUAUGAGCCACAGCAUCCACUUACUAUCAGGUAGACUUUUUUCUCGUUUCUCACCUGAUCCUAUAAAAAAUAUUAAAAGAAGUAACUUUGUUCCAGAUCUUCCAGAACACUAUAUAACGGGACGGGCUCCGCACAGGGACAUGUACAAAUAUGUAGAUUAGCUUAGGUCUCUUCGAACGUUUCAUAGACCAUCUAUUUUGUCUCAUAGAUUGUUUUAAUAUAAUAAAUUUAAUAAAAAUAAGUAUAACCAUU